UUGUCGGCUACGUUUUUGGCCGUUCUCGUACUGCCCAGUUUAGUCUGUUGCACGACACAGCAGGCCUUUCGACAUCUUCCAUCUGUGCCAAUCGUGAAGCUAGAUGAUGCGUUAUUCACUGGCACGUUCAUUGGCCAUACAGCGCAAUUCUUAGGCAUUCCCUUCGCUAAACCCCCUAUCGGGAGCCUUCGCUUUCAAGUCCCUCAACCAGUGCCUUCUUAUGAGGGUUCACACAAUGCAGUAGCCUAUGGUCCCGCCUGCCCCCAACAGAAGUUACCAAUACGAAGAGGGAUAGGCCGAGUCAUCACUGAAUCAAGCGAAGAUUGUCUUACGCUCAAUGUAUUCACGCCUGCCGUCAUACUCCCUGGAUCAAAACUGCCGGUAGUCGUGUAUAUAUUCGGUGGCGGUUUUGAAACCGGGAGUAGUCAAUCAGAAUUCGGUAAUAUCACAGUCCACAAGUCAUUGAAAAUGCAAGAACCAGUUAUCUACGUUAGCAUGAACUAUCGUGUAGCUUGGGGAUUCCUAGCGAGCAAAGAAGUUAAGCAGGCUGGGACUGGAAACUUAGGUCUCCGAGAUCAGCGACUUGCACUUCAUUGGGUUCAAAGAUACAUCAGCUCAUUUGGCGGAAAUCCAGCAAAGGUGACUAUAUGGGGCGAAAGUGCCGGAGCGAUAUCUGUUGCUCUUCAGAUGCUCGCUUAUAAUGGUAACAAUGACGGUCUCUUCCGUGCGGCAUUUAUGCAGUCAGGGUCCCCGACACCUAUGGGCGAUAUCACCAAUGGUCAACGAUAUUAUGACUUUCUUGUUGAUAUAACAUGUUGCAAGGAGGCAAUCGAUACAUUGGAAUGCUUGCGAGCAGUACCUCAGGAAAUUCUGCAAGCCGCUGUGGAUAAAACACCGUCUAUGUUUUCUUACCAGUCACUUGAUUUGGUUUGGAUGCCAAGGGCAGAUGGAACAUUUUUGACAGACAACUUCCAGCGCCUCAUCCAACAGGGGAAAAUUGCAAAUGUACCUUUUAUCACAGGUGACUGCGAUGACGAGGGGACAGCUUUCGCAUUCAGUACCACUAACAUCACGACAAGUGAGGAAUUUCAUGAAUAUUUGAAAGCAUAUUGGGCGCGCAAUGCGACAGACGAGGAGAUCGAUAGAAUCCUGCUUAUGUAUCCCCAAGAUCCAACAGCAGGAUCUCCGUUUGGAACUGGAACUCGUGACCAGCUGACCCCGCAGUUCAAGCGCAUAGCUGCUUUUCAGGGAGAUGCUGUCUUCCAAGCUCCGAGGCGGUUUCUCAUAUAUGAGCGGUCGGGGAAACAAAAGAUAUGGACCUAUCUCAGCAAGGGUCUCAAGGUAGUUCCGUUUCUAGGCGCGUAUCACAGCUCCGACUUCGUUUACGAGAAGUGGGGUGUGCAAGGGAGUUUGCUGCAUCUCUUGAUCCAUUUUGCAGCACACCUCGAUCCUAAUUGGAUUCCUAAUAGUGUUUUCUGGCCAGAAUACACUGUUGAAUCGAAGGAUAUGCUGAUGUUGGGUGAAUGGCCUUGGUCUGCACCCGCUAUUAUUCAGGACACGUACAGAAAGGAGUCGAUGGAGUACUUGAUAAAUUUCACUUUGACUUACCCUCUGUAGUAACUCGUAUGUUUGACAGUGUUUUACUUGUGUACAGACUAGCUAGCGCUUGUAAUAGUAUCAUAUGUGUAGUCCUAUAUAUGUGACCAGUAAUAUUACCAUCAAGGGGCAGGUGCCACAUUUCUCCUGGCGACUUGCAUGAUGUAUAUGGGGUCGAAGCUAUUCAAGACACCUGAGUCUUUCAUGCUGUCCUGCACGAGAGAAUUUUGCUAUACGCUUGCCGCGUGGAGACCUCGGCCAAAGUCAACCAUGCGGCAGCAUGAUAAUUUGUGUCGGUGCGCUGAUACUGAUGUACUAAUAGACACAAGGAAGUUGAACCGAUUAUGCGAAUUGCAACACUCACCAUGCUUAUCCCGAACGGUAUCGUUUUGAUAAACGGCGACUGAGAAUUGCUCUCGCCAACCAAUUUCCAGUCACCAGGUACCACCAGGGUGAAAAGUCGCAGGGCUGACAGUUGUCGCUCGUGAAACCUCAA